GACUUCUACAUCUACGGGUCAACAAGUCACAUCACCGUGAGGAACAUUCGCUGAAGCGUGAAGCAGUGGAAGGUACCGACACCAUAACGUAUUGAGAAGGAUGGCGAAUCGUGGAUAUUGGGAUACCGGGCGCGAUGUUGAACGUGAGCGCCGUGACACGAGACAUGAAGGGCGACGAGAAGACAGCCGCGAAGGCUAUCGUAGCGCUGGAAGGGAGUACUACCAAGAAGACGUGCGUGAAGCGGUAUGGGAUCGAGGAUACAUGUCAGGGGAACGCCGAAGGCGAGCACCACCGACAUGCUUCGAAUGCGGACAAGUCGGCCACUACCACAAUCAAUGUCCGAAGCUAACGGGCGAAGGAAGCUCACGCCAGGGCGAAGCGCGCUUGCAACCAAGGCUUGGAACGGAAGAGGAAUCACCGGAACGAGCAAAACUGAAACGACAAAUUGAAGACCUUGGAGCAUCCAUCACCUCCAUGCAGGGACAUAUCAAAGCCGAAAAUCGGAAGAAGGCGAAGAAAGAGAAACGGAGGUUAGAGAAGGCGGAGCGACUGAAGAAAGACGAGGAAGAACAACGAGCCAAAGAAAAGAAAGAGGCGAAGAAACAGGCAAAGCUCAAGGAAGCCGAGGAUUUUCGCAUGCAAAUGAGGAAAGAAGUACGUAUGGAAGCGGCAAGAGUAGCAGGGGAACUACGAGAUGUAGUGUCCGAGGAUUGGCGGGAUCAGAUCAAAGAGGAACUGAGACGCAUUGUAACAGCGAUAUUGCCGAGCGAGAAAGAGAAAGGGAAAGCUAAACAACAGUCUCCACCAUCCACCGGGAAAUCAGGAUCUGGGAGUAGUAGCAGCGCAAGUGACGUCGAAUCACUUCGACGACGUACAAGGAGACUGGCAAUAACUGAGAAGCGCAAGCGGAGCAUGGAGAAAACGCUUGGAAGCAGUUCACCUGUGAUGCAACCCGCCAAACGGACACCACGUACUGCGCAAGUUAAACCGGUGAAGUUAGCAGCAAAACUGCAGACAGCUAAGAAGGCUGACAAGAUGAAGACACCGCCUCCUCGAUGCACUCCACGACGACGCACACCACGCACGAAGAUUGCGGCAACACUGGGUACUCCCGGGAAGGAAAAUUUCAUUUGUGAGAAUAUCAGAGUACUGGCCGAAUAUGGAGCGGAUGAACUUAAGGACAUCUGCAGGAAGGAGGAAGUGGAGUACGGAAACAAGACGGUGGCAGCGAUGAAUAUCGCCGAGAAACGAGCAGCCGAGGCGUACGAUAACCCGAAUCAGGGAGUCGUUGAAGGGGAUGCAGAAGUUGAGGAGAUUGACUAGGGUGAUGCCGAAGUUGGCACGGAAUCAGGAGACGAAGCAUGAACUGAGAGGGAAGUUGAUUGUUUGUGGAAACUGUGUAGAGUGCUUGUUGAAUACCGUACGACGCUUGGAUUUGAUAAGAGAAUUGAGAGGUUGUACCGACUGAUUGUUAUCUCGUUGACUGUCAACGGCCAGGCUAAGUGGCUUACAAAGUGUAUUGGAUCAUGGCACCGAAUGUUUGAGGCAUUAGGAGUUGGGUUCGUGGACUCAUGCAACGUAGUUUACAUAUUAGCCUCACCAUGGUGUAAGGCUCAAUACGUUGGAAAAACAUGCAGGGACGUCGACGUGCGAUGGCGUGAACACACCUCACGGUGUGAUCGUCGAAGUAAAGACACGCACCUGUA